AUGGGCAAGCAUCCAGUCAUCGGUCUUCUCGGCGGCGGCCAGCUUGGUCGGAUGCUGCAGGAGGCCGCCUCACCCCUCAAUGUUGAGCUGGCUAUUCUCGAUGCCGCUGGCUCACCCGCCAAACAAAUCUGCGAAAAUACCAAGCACGUGUCCGGCUCCUUCAACGACCCGGCCAAGAUCCGCGAGCUCGCCGCCCGCGUGGAUGUGCUCACCGUUGAGAUUGAGCACGUCGACGCCGACGUGCUUGAGGAGAUUGCCACCAAGGGCGUCUCGGUCGGCGCCGGCCAACCUCUCAAGAAAGUCCCCUGCCACCCGUCCUGGGAGACGAUCCGCCUGAUCCAGGACAAGUACCUGCAGAAGGAGCACUUCCUGCGCGCCGGUAUCCCCGUGGCGCCCCAGGUCGCCGUCGAGGGUGAGGCGGCGCUCACGACCACUGCCCUGCAGGCCGUCGGCGACAAGUACGGCUUCCCCUUUAUGCUAAAGGCGCGCAAGGGCUCGUAUGAUGGCCGCGGUAACUUUCUGGUUCGCGACCCCGCCGACUUUGACGAGGCCAUCCGCUCCAUGGGCAAGCUGUCGCUAUACGCUGAAAAGUUUCAGCCCUUUGUCAAGGAGCUGUCCGUGAUGGUGGUGAGGACCGAGGACGACGACGGAAAGCUGCGUGACGUACACCCGUACCCAGCCGUCGAGACGGUGCAUGAGGACAGCAUAUGCACAAAGGUAUUUUUACCGCCGCGCGGGGUGCCGGCCGAGGCAUGCGAGGAAGCGCGCAAGGUAGCGAGCAACGUGAUUCGCACGCUCAAGGGGCGCGGUGUCUACGCCGUGGAGAUGUUUGUUCUCAAGGACGGCAGCAUCGUGGUUAAUGAGGUCGCCCCCAGGCCACACAACUCGGGCCACCUGUUCACCGAGGCGGUCCCCUACAUGUCGCAGUUCAAGGCGCAGCUGUGCGCCAUCCUCGACAUUUUCCCCGGCAAAGUGACGUUGCAGCCGCGCGUCGAGUCGGCCAUCAUGCUCAACGUUCUGGGCGGCGCUGCCGAAGAAUCACACGAGACGCUAGUUGACAUGGCCAGUCGCAGUUACGAUAAGGACAUGGACGUCUACAUUCACCUGUACGGCAAGGCGUCGAAGCCCGGUCGUAAGAUCGGCCACAUUACCGUAACGUCGCCGUCCGCCAAGGUCAGCGGCUUGGAGCAGCUGGCGGGCCAGCUUACCAAGGAGGUGGACAGCAUCCGCGAAGGCCGCCUCGCGAGCGCGGCAGCCCAGCUGCGUCCCUCCGAUUCCGCGGCGGCGCCCGCCCCCUCCAAGCCUGCGUCUUCGCGCAGUCGAAGCGAUCCGCUAGUCGUCGUGACCAUGGGAUCGGACUCGGACCUGCCCGUGCUCAAGGGCGCGUUCGAGGUGCUCGAGCUCUUCGGCGUGCCGUACGACUACACCAUCACGUCGGCGCACCGAACGCCGCAGCGGAUGGUCGAGCUAGGCCAGGCGGCCGCCGCGCGCGGCGUCCGCGUGCUGAUCGCGGCGGCGGGCGGCGCGGCGCACCUGCCCGGCAUGCUGGCGUCGGAGACGACGCUGCCGGUGAUCGGCGUGCCCGUGCGGGCGACGCACCUGGACGGCCAGGACUCGCUGCUGAGCAUCGUGCAGAUGCCGCGCGGGUGCCCCGUGGCGACGGUCGGCAUCAACAACUCGACCAACGCGGGCCUGCUGGCGGUCAAGAUCCUCGGCUGCACCGACGAACGGUACGCGGCGGCGAUGGCGCGCUACAUGAAGACGAUGAGCGACGAGGUGGAGGCCAAGGCGGGCAGGCUGGAGGAGAUUGGGUGGGAGGCGUACCUGGAGAAGAAAUGA